AUGAGCCCGCCCGAGGACGCGGAGCCGGUGCCGGUGCCGGUGCUGCGGCUGCCGCGGGGCCCGGACGGGCGGAGCCGCGGGUUCGAGUCCCGCCGCGGACCUCGUCCGGAGGAGGAGGCGGCGGAGGCGGAGGCGCAGCGGGCGCGGGCGCGGCUCCGGGCCCGGUUCCUGCGGGCGCUGGGGGCCGGACGGGGCCGCCCCGCUCGGUUCCGGCUCCGCGGCGGGGUCCGCGUGGAGGCCACGCUGGGGGCGGCGGAGCGGGAGGCGGCGGCGCUGCUCGUGGAGGGGCUCCGGACCCCGCUGGGCCGGCAGGAGGCGGCGCUGCUCCGGGGCUCCGACAUCAUCGGGUUCCGCUUCCACGUGCCCGGGGCAACCGCGCCCUGA